AUGGAAUUUCUUAAAAAUCCUAUUAUUAUUCAAUUAUCACCUAUUAAACAUUUAGCACCAUCAGAUCCCAGUAAAAAAUUAAAAAGAGUUCUAUCUUAUGAGCAUAAUAAAAAGCGUAAAAUAAAAAAAAAAGAUUCGGAGGACAAACAUCAUUCAAGUUCUAAUUCAAUUGUUUAUAAAUACGACAAUAAAAGAUCAAAUAAAGAAAAUAUCAAGAAAAAUACUAAAAAGAAUAAAAACAUAAACAUUGAAAAAAAAAAUAUUCUUAUAUUAAAUUCUGAAACAAAAGAGUAUAAUAAUUGCAUGAAACUGAAACAAAAUACUCCUUUUUCAUCACAAGAAAAUAACACAAAAAACAUUAAACAAGCAUAUCUUUCAAAUUCUACGUCACCAAUAUCAAAAACACUAGCUCUUCAAGAGGAAUUUAUAUGGGACACAGAAAAUAACGUAUCUUAUAAUAUAUCAUCCGAUGAUUAUUCACUUCUUUCUUUAAGUUCUGACUAUGAUAAGUCUUCAACAUAUAAAAAAUUGAAAAAUUCUGAUGACUCAUGGAUUUUGUUUUAG